AUGACCGUGUCUGGUCUCGACGCCCGCCGGCGUUGCUCCCCAGGUACGGACAUAGCAGUCGAGGUGGACGCGUGUGGGAGUUUGCACGUGUCUGUGUCACUUGAGGCGGAAGGACCAGGCAAGGGCAUGAGGUGCGAUACUACCUCUCAUAUCGAAAGCUUAUUUAGUGUGGAAUGUUGCUUCCGAUCGGCAUUUACGUCUACGAAGGUGCGAGAACUCCCCCCCGGAGUUCGAGGAGCCAGGCAGCCGUCCAUUCGAGACUGGGCCGGGUUGGGCAGCGCCGCCGCGGCAGCCGAGCAGGGGCGCAGGAGAGACGGCGAAGCGCCUGGACAGCCUCUUCGGCUUGUGAGAGUCCGCAACCCUUGGGGGAAGCGCGAGUGGAUUGGAGAUUGGGGCGAGAAGUCGGAAAAGUGGAGCGACCGUGUCCGAGCGGAGCUUGGCUGGAGCGAGCAGAAUGACGGCACCUUUUGGAUGACGUGGCAGGACUUCAUGAGUCGAUUUCAGCUGGUGGACGUAUGCAAGGCACGGCGAGACUGGUCCCACGCUUCUGUCACCACCCACAGCAUUCCCAGCCCCAAGACUUGCAGAUCUUUUCGCGUCAGACCUCUGCCGCCACCGAUGGCAGCAAACACAGAGGGGCAGACCUCGUCUCAAACAACGGGGAAAAAACUAGCAGCGACAGCUGCAACAACGUCACCGACAGUAGCAGCAACACCAACAACCUGGGCGUACAUUACCGUGGUCCAGCCGACCAAGCGGGGGCGGAAGGACGGGUCUCUCUCGUGCGAGGUGUUUCUGGAGAGCGGCAAGGCGUACACGGCAUCGGUGGUGUGCCUGGGCGGCGAAGAUAGCGACAAAAUAUUGUCCGGAAGGCCGAAAUUUUCUGCGGCAAGCACCCUCCUCGCAGAAUCGACGGGGUUCCGGGGAUUCCGUGUUACGGUGUACAGCGCUCGUCCCCUACAGAUCGUCCCAGGAGAGCAGCGACCAGCCUCACCCGGAUAUUUUCGAGCGGAAUCCUCUAUACACCAGGCCUUGUCCCGUCGAUCAUCGGAGGAGAUUUUGGCGAAGGGGAUCGUAGGGCGUCGAGCCGUUUCCGUGCGGAACCCCCUGCAGUCGUUUGCACUAGGUGGGGGAGCUGCGUUGUCGGUGGUCCCGAUGGAAGGCAGCGCCCUAUUCUUCCUAUUGAUAAAUGUCAGCUCGUCGGAGGUUGUGCUCCGUCUGACGUUGACGUCACUGGAAGGGGCAACCGUAAGCACGCCGGAUUCUCAGGCGUCACCGGAUGGCAAAGGCAUGAUGAGCUCCACGAUGUGCCCCGCUAGAUCGCAGAAGAUCGCUCUGGUUCUCGCUCGAACGGCGGACCACGGAUCAUUCAGUCACGAGUUUUACUACCGCGUUUUGCGGCCGGCACCAACGGCACCAGCAACGACAGCGGCAGCGACGGCGACUAGACAAGGCGACGCCGGAGCGAAGGCUGCGAGCAAAACUUUUUCGAGCAUAGCCACGAGGGCCUUCGCCGAAGCAACCGCCGCCACCCCCUUCUUUGGGGGUGGGUUAUUUUCGGCACAGGCACUCUUGCCUGGAGCGGAGGAGUUGGUGAGGCGCGCGGGAGGCUACACCUUUUCGGGGGAAGGGGGGGCGGUGGAAGGGCGCGGAGGCAGCACUGUGACAGGCGAGGACGGAGGCGUCGGAUCGGCGGCGGUGGCAAGGCGUGGCUGACGCAAUAUUCGAUGAACGCUUUCUCCAAUCGUAGAUCGAGAUAGGAGGGCAGGGCAGUGUCGUUGUGGCGGGCGUGUUUCCUUCUUGCUGCGACUGGCGUGCUUGUGACAGAGGAGCAGUUGCGCGUCAGGAUCGUUUCUAGCGGUGGGUGCUCAGCGAGCAACGCUCGCUGAAGGUUAAAAUGCUCGGAGUGGCUUGACGGUUCAGAACACGCAGGCGGCUGAUGCAUUUUUUUAGGGAGUUGACCUUUUAGAUCUCGGGACCCUGACGCUAUUCCGUGCAGUGGCAACUAAAGCUAGGCCGGGCCGGACCGACGUCCAGAUGUUGGCUAGCUCGUUGUCCGUUGCAGUACGGUAUCUUCGCUGCCCCCUUUGUUGUGGCAUGUUGGGCUGCACAAUACGAAGUACAACUGUGCAUGAAGUGUUCAGAGACUUUUCAGGAGGGGGCGAGGGGCCAUCCUGACUGCUUUGCUGGGAGAAACGAAGGGGAGAUGUAGCGCAACAGUCAGCCGUUGAAACCCAUUUAUUCUUGGUAGAAAUUUGGGGUCUUAUAGUUUGUGCGACGACAUUUUUGAGGCAUUAUGAGGGGCGUGGGGCUGAAAAGAGCCUAACUAUU